AAAAUCAACCCGUCUGUCAGCCGCUGCCCAACACUUGAAAAGUCGCGCAGCCAACUUAACACAGCAUUUGUAAGCAGAAUUUGUGCAGAGACAUUAUAAUUACAAAAAAAGCCGCUUUUUGAUUAAACAGCGCAAAGCAUAGCUAACGGUGAACCAACCAGGUUGCCAACCAGUUGCAGUUACAGCUUUUUCCCCAGAGCAAACACCCCUGAGUAGAUUCUUCGGCAGGACAAGGGCAAGCGAGCACAAUGGAUACGUAUUUGUUCGAUGGCGGCCGCAUCACCAAGAUGGAGGUGGACUACGAGCCUGCAUGUAACGAGAAAAUCCCUCUGGCCAAGGAGCUGGCGAAAAAGAACCCCGACGCCUUCCACGAAGCCAUCGAGAUGAUGCUGCAACUGGAGAAACAAACCCGCCUGGGCGCCGACAUGGUCUCCUGCUCGCGCGUCCUUGUGGCCAUCUGCCAGAUCUGCUUUGAUGCUGGUAACUGGAACGCUCUCAACGAGUAUGUGUCCUUAUUGGUGCGCCGGCGCUCCCAGCUGAAGCAGGCUGUGGUAAAGAUGAUCCAGGAGUGCUACACCUACGUGGACAAGACGCCCGAUAAGGAGACCAAGUUGAAGCUUAUCGACACCCUGCGCUCGGUUACCGAGGGCAAGAUCUACGUGGAGAUUGAGCGUGCUCGACUCACAAAGAUUCUGGCUGACAUCAAGGAGGCCGAUGGCGACGUUGCCGCAGCGGCCACUGUCAUGGAGGAGCUGCAAGUGGAGACAUACGGCUCGAUGGACAAGCGCGAGAAGGUCGAGCUCAUUCUGGAACAAAUGCGCCUCUGCCUGCUCAAGGAGGACUACGUAUCUACGCAGAUCAUCGCCAAGAAGAUCAGCAUCAAGUUCUUCGACGAUCCGGCACAGCAUGAUCUCAAGCUUAAGUUCUACAACCUGAUGAUCCAGUUAAACAGGGACACGUCCUUCCUGAAGACUUCGCGUCAUUACCAGGCCAUUGCUGAGCCGCCGCGCAAGAAGACUGGCCUCACACCCGCUGACUCAUCCACGUCUGCAGACGAGCCGAAGAAGAAAGACGAAGAGAAGAAGAAAAAGGAGGAGGACGACAAGGACAAAAAGGCAGAGGUAUCCGCGGAGCCUGAGCCGGAGAUCGAGCUGACCGAGGCGCAGAAGAAGGAGCUGACGGAAAAACUGGUCUGUGCCGUUCUCUACUGUGUUUUGGCUCCGUUCGACAACGAACAGAGCGAUAUGAUGGCUCAUCUGUCUAAAAACAAGAAGCUGGAAGAUGUGCCAGCCUACAAAGAAAUUCUGCGCUUGUUUAUGUCCAAGGAGCUCAUCAAUUUCGACACAUUCAAUGGAGAUUUUGGCCAGGUGCUGGCCGAGAAUGAUAUGUUCAAGGACAGCACCAAGCACGGCAAGAAGUGCAUCACCGAGCUUAAGGAUCGUCUGAUAGAGCAUAACAUUCGCAUCAUCGCUAUGUACUACUCCCGACUGCAUUUAACGCGCAUGAGCGAGUUGCUGAACCUGCCUCCGAACCGUUGCGAGGAGUACCUGUCCAAGCUGGCCAACAGCGACACCAUCCGCGUGAAGAUUGACCGCCCGGCCGGCAUUAUUUACUUCACUCAGAAGAAGACCGCCUCCGACAUCCUGAACAACUGGGCCACUGAUGUGAACCAACUGAUGUCCCUGGUAAACAAGACCUGUCAUCUGAUCAACAAGGAGGAGUGCGUUUAUUCGGUCAUGUGCGCUGUCGAGGAUUAGUCUGCUUGUUAGAAUUCAGUGUGUUUUUCUUUCGGAAACUCCUGCCCAUAUACAACUGUAACUGUAGUAACCACCCAACCAUCAGCAUUUCGAUUCUCUUUGCAAAGUUUGUAUUCAUUGAAUGAACUACAAUAAUUAAAACCAACCCUCUAAAUAUUCAUUCUAA